GUUUAGUCGGCGCCCGCGCAUCCCGUUCAACUGGCGCGAUCCAAAAAUACCAGCCGGGCCGCGCUGAGCGCGUUCAAAACAAAAGAACACUUAAAAUUUCGAACCCGAAUUCCGAAAUCAAAACGAAAAAUUCUCGUGAUAACGAAUAUAGAACUAUCGACUAAUCGGGUGCAGUAAAAUCGAUUCGCGUUCCAUUUUAGCUAGCUAGUGCCGUUUUGGGUGGUGUGCUAAACUGUUCUAAUGCUGCGAUGUCGCCGACGGCCAUCGGCGCCGACCUGCCCCAGUGGUGCGGGAAGACCGAGGGUUGUCCCCAAGCCUUGCUCGGCUGGCUGUACUUGAAGCAUGACCAGAAUGAGUGGGUACCAGGCUCGGUAUGGGGCCCUCUCCCGACCGCAGCCACCGGAUCCACCGCUCCACCGGCUGAUGACGUCAGCUCGUUGGCGGACCAGUUGACAGCGCUGUCAUUGAGGCGACCGCCACGACCUCCGCCGCCUGCCUACAUGUGCCACCUGUGCUUCAAGAAGGGCCAUUACAUUGGUGACUGUCCGCAGGCUCGACCAAAGGGCGAAGGUCUAACACCCUACCAGGGCAAGAAGCGUUGCUUCGGCGAAUACAAAUGCCCCAAGUGCAAACGCAAAUGGAUGAGCGGCAACUCCUGGGCCAAUAACGGCCAAGAAUGCAUCAAGUGCAGAAUCAAUGUCUUCCCCCACAAACAGAGGCCUCUAGAGAAACCAGACGGGCUGGAUGUGAGUGACCAGUCGAAGAUCCACCCUCAAUACUUGUGCCAGAAAUGCCGCUCCCUAGGCUACUACUGCCGCCGCGAGUAUUAACCAACACUUUAACAACAACCUUAGAUUUUUGAAAAUACUAUAAUGUUAUUUGUUUCUUAGGUUUUCACGCACACCACUCAUUAAAUAAAACAUGCUUAAAGAGGUUAAAAAAUGCCUCUUUUUAUUGCUUUUUUUGACGUUUCCCAUCCUUUUCAGGCUGCGUCGUCAGAAUUAUGAUUUUUGUUUAUUAAGUCGAACUACCUUCCUACACCCACGUAGCCUGAAAAGAGUACGAAACGUCAAAAACUAAUAAAAAGACCCGUUUGAACCCGUUUAAGCGUGUAUUAUUUAAUACUCUGUAAUGAACUUAAUUAUAAAAUCAUAAUGUCAUGAUUCAUUGUAACUACAUUUUGCCAAGCCCUGGUCAGGGUGCACAAGCAUGUAAACGAGCUAAGCCUAAGCACGAGUUUUCGACAACUCCGUAAAGUAUCGUAAUCGUCAAAUUUUGUAUGGAAAAAAGCUACUUUGUUCAUUAGCUGCUUAGUUUUCAUAGAAACUUUGACGACGCGUUACGUCACGGAGCUGUCAAAAAGUCGUGAUUGGGCCUCUGGUUGGUCUUUCUAAAGCUGCUUACGGAUAGCACGUACAUUGGAAGUAUCGUAAUCGUCAAAUUUUGUAUGGAAAAAAGCUAGUUUGUUCAUUAGCUGCUUAGUUUUCAUAGAAACUUUGACGACGCGUUACGUCACGGAGCUGUCUAAAAGUCGUGAUUGGGCUUCUGAUUGGUCUUUCUAAAGCUGCGUACGGAUAGCGCGUACAUUCGUUCAGGUCGCGGCACGUAACUCUAGCGCUGAACAAAACGCUGGGGGGAUAGCUGCGCAUGGGUACGACUGGAAAGCCAUCGGCGCAACGCACGUCCACCCGCGCACCUCGUUUCCCCCCAGCACAUCUUAAUAUUUACUGCUCCGCAAUAACGGUCAGUUUCGUGCCGCGACUUAUACGCGUAGUCGAUUUUAGGCGCGCCUUAAUUGGAAUGCUAUGUUCAUACUUACAGCUGUUAGUAGAUCACGCGUUACAAGUAUUUAUAUGGCGUUCCAGGACAUGCGGCGUAACCGCGACUACACGUACCCUGGAUCGCGGUAUCCGUACACAGCUUUACAUAGGCUUGGAGGAGCUUGCUUUUGAUUUUUUGC